AAACUUCUCGGUCCCUCCCUCUCCCCCUCCCCUUCCUCCUCCUCCUCCUCCUCCUCCUCCCCCUCCCCCUCCCCGCUGACCCGGGGCCGGCGCUGCGGCGAAGGCAGGAGGGAACAGAGGCGCGGCGACUGGAGCCCGCGGCGCAGCGCGGAGCCAGACCCGGCCCUGUCCCUGUCCCUGUCCCUGCCCCGGCGCAGCGGUGGCAGCAGCGGCGAGCGGGAUGACGGCGGAGGAGAUGAAAGCGGACGGGGCUCCCCUGGAGGGGGUGGACAUCACGCUUAAGCGGGAUGAGGGCGUCCUCAAGGUUGUCAAGAGAGAAGGCAGUGGGACAGAGUCGCCGAUGAUAGGUGAUAAAGUGACCGUCCAUUAUACAGGAUGGCUCCUCGAUGGCACAAAAUUUGACUCCAGUCUGGACAGGAGAGACAAGUUUUCAUUUGACUUGGGGAAAGGUGAGGUGAUCAAAGCAUGGGACAUUGCUGUGGCAACUAUGAAGGUUGGCGAAAUUUGUAGGAUUACUUGUAAACCAGAAUACGCCUAUGGCUCAGCUGGGAGCCCACCAAAGAUACCUCCCAAUGCUACUCUGAUCUUUGAGAUAGAGCUGUUUGAGUUUAAGGGGGAGGACCUCACUGAUGAUGAAGAUGGUGGCAUCAUCCGAAGAAUCCGUAAGAAAGGAGAAGGCUACUCCAAGCCCAAUGAGGGUGCUCUUGUAGAGAUCCAGUUUGAAGGCCGAUAUGGAGAUCGUGUUUUUGACAAGCGGGAGCUGCAGUUUGAGAUUGGAGAAGGCGAUAAUUAUGAUCUUCCUCAUGGUCUGGAGAAAGCAAUACAGAAAAUGGAGAAAUCUGAGGAAUCUAUUUUCUAUCUCAAAUCCAACUAUGGUUUUGGAAGUGCUGGGAAGGAGAAAUUUCAGAUCCCUCCAGAUGCAGAACUACAGUAUGAAGUGAAACUCAAGAGCUUUGAAAAGGCUAAGGAGUCUUGGGAAAUGAAUACAGAAGAGAAGCUGGAACAAAGCUGUAUGGUGAAGGAGAGAGGCACUCAGUACUUCAAGGAGGGGAAAUACAAACGGGCAGCAUUACAGUAUAAGAAGAUUGUGUCAUGGCUGGAGCAUGAAUCAGGACUCUCUGAGGAGGAGGAUACAAAAGCCAAGAGCUUGAGGCUUGCUGCCCACCUUAAUCUAGCUAUGUGCCAUCUCAAGCUGAAGGAGUACUCCCAGGCUUUGGAGAACUGCAACAAGGCACUUGAAUUGGAUAGCAGCAAUGAAAAAGGCCUCUUCCGGCGUGGAGAAGCCCACUUGGCUGUCAAUGACUUUGAAUUGGCCCGGGGAGAUUUCCAGAAGGUGAUACAACUCUAUCCAAGUAACAAAGCUGCCAAAGUGCAACUAGUAACUUGUCAGCAAAAAAUACGUGAGCAGCAUGAGAAAGAGAAAAAGAUGUAUGCCAACAUGUUCCAGAGGCUUGCAGACAAAGACUUAAAGUCAGCUACUACUCUUCAAACCACCCACACUGAAGAUGCAGAAAUGAAAGAUGAGCAAAAUGGAGUUGAAGAUAAAUCUGAAGUUGACACAGAAGCAUAAAAACAAAAACCCUAUUCCAUUAGUUUUGUAAAUGAAAGAAUUUCCAGUGAAUUAGACCUUUAUUUUUCUACCUGGUUGGACAGUGGCUUCAGAGGAACAGAAGCUGAGGCCACUAUGCCAUAGUCAAUUACAGCUUUGUAUGUAUGUGAAAGAAGCUGAGUGGCAGCAUAAAUCUGGUUUAAUCCUAGGGACUUUAUUUAUUCAUGCGGCCUCUGUUACUGUUUGAGUUCUGUCUGGAUUUACUCUGCUUGGUUUAUUUGCAUUUUACCAUUGUGUUUGUCUUUCUGGUUCCAGCUUACUUAAAUUUAGGAAGCAGAAUCUGGGAUUAAUUUCCUUGAUUUUUUUUUUUUUAAUGACCUUUUCCAACAGUCCUCGUGAGAUUUGAGAACAAAUCAGCACUCCCUGUUCUUCUGCCUUGGCAUUGUCCCCAUUCCCCCAUUAAAUGCUGUAACCUUCCUUGUAUGCCUCCCCUUUGCAAAUUACUGAAGGUGAAGACUGUGAAGUCACAGCUUAAGAAAUAAAGCUUCAGUUAAACUUAAGAAAACGGAACUUUUUAUGGGUUUUUAUUGGAAUUUGCGCAGAAUUAAUUGAAUUUACUGUCCUCUAGUCAUUCAGCAUUUUCUCAUCCACAUAGCUGUACAGUAGUGACAGUAUGUUUUUCUCUAUUGUUCAUUAUCAUGUUUUCACAAUCAAUACAGAAUCUGUUUGCAAAUGAAAAAAUGUUGCUGAAAAUUGUAAACAAAGCAUGUCUGUAACCUAUGCAUAUAAAGUUUAUUUUCCUGUUCAUAUUGCUA